AUGUACACCUCGAAGGAACACCAAUCAUAUGAGAUGGAUCAACAGCACCAGCAGCAACAGGUGUCGCCGCAGGGAGGCGAAGUUACAGAUGACAGAGUCGAAGCGGUGACCCCCAAUGAUAACAAUAAUGGCGUCCGAGGCUCUCUUGGCUCGCUUGGAGGGCCACGCAUUGCCGCUGGCGAUAUGCUAUACGACGGCCACGGCAGCCUGUCUGCAGUUCCAGUGUCUGCGCUAACUGCUGCACAAGCUGCCGCAGUUCAGCAACAACAGACAAUUGCUGCAGCUGCCAACUACAGAUACAUGACCCUACCCAGUCAUCAACAAAUAUCCAACCAUCCUCAAGUGAUUCCCGCUGCCGAAUAUGUCUAUACAAGCGGUGGUCCCGUCGGCAAUCACAUAGUGAAUAGUCAGCCACUCGUACCUGCUGCUCAUGCUCAGCCUCUUAUCUACACCACGACUACCGCGACGCAACAUCAGCAGCCCCAACAGGCGUACGACCAUUGUCCUGCCGUAUGCAGCCUUUUCGCAAUCUUUUGUUGUCCUAUCACGUGUUGGUGCUCCCUACCCGCUCUUGCCUACUCUCUUUGCGCGUAUACAGACUACAGGGCGAACGAUAUGCACGCGUACCGCAGUAAAUCAGACGUAGCAAGACGCUGUGUCAUUAUCGCUUGCAUCAUAGGCCUCAUUCUCUGUAUAAUUUGGGCCAUUCUCACCUUCCUCUACUAUGGCGAGAUGCUCCUACUGCUGGGAGACAUAAUCAAAGCUGUGCAAAGACACAUUUGGUCGGGUAACUAG